AUGAAAAAUGCGCUAUUCUUAGGUCUCAAUCAAUAUUUGGGUUGCUUUGUUAAUCCAAAUGAGACACAUGAUUCUGAAAUAAUCAUCGGUCAAUAUGAACAGCUGAUUCCUGAACAAUGUAUUCGUGCAUGUCAAGAAAACGACUAUAAUUACGCUUCUAUUCAAUAUGGUAGUGAAUGUCGAUGUAUUCAACAGUAUGACGAGUUUGGUCAAGUGUCGGAUGAUGAAUGUUAUUAUUCAUGUGUGACAUCCGAAAAAUGUGGUGGUGACCAGAAUCGAAAGAGUAUUUACAAUGUCUUGACAUCUGUAACGCCAACUCGUACAGAUUCUGUGUGCUCGAAUACAUUCAAAGGUUAUCAAGGUUGUUUUAAUGACGUAAUGUUCGCGACGGUGAUAGGUGUUGUGGAGGCGGUGGAACAAUGUUUGCUGUAUUGUGCUGUAAACUUUAAUUAUGCAGGCAUUAGUAAUGGUAAUUUGUGUAAAUGUGGUAAUCAUGCAAAUCAAUCUUCCGUAAAUCCUACUCUAUGCAAUAUUCCGUGUGGUCGAAAUCAAAACAACAAAGAAACGGUUUGCUGUGGUGGUUCAUAUGUACUCAGUGUCUACGACGUUAAGAAUUAUCCAACUCACUCGUACAAAGAACAUGUUCGAGUGAAACGAGCUGAUGGAGAUGCAACAUUUGCUAGUGCACAAACAACCGUUUCAUCAAUGAGCACUGCUAUUUAUCAAUCAAAUAUGACUUACAAUGUUAGUUCUGAUCAGGUAACAACACAGGCUACUCUAUUCAGCACAACAACUGCAAAUUCAACCAACAACUUAGUCGUCACAUCAGCUAGUACUAAUAUAAAUACCGCUGGAUUAACAAGCAUUAUCCAAAAUACUUCGUUAUCAUCAACGGCCGCGGUUUCUUCAACAAAUAAUUUACAAGUGACAACAGCUACAAUCGGAAACACUAUUGCGUCUGCCAGUACGACUGCUUUCUCGAAUGCUACACUGAAUGUUGGCACGUCUACGUUACUUCAACCAAAUUCCACUCAAGCAAGUAGUGCACCGAUCGUAACUACAAUUCCGAUAACUCAAGCAUCAUCAUCACAUGCAGAUACAUCAAGUAGCUCGUCUACUUCUUCAACACUCAGUAGCACAAUUGCGAUAGGUACUACGGCCAUGGCCAGUCUUAUUACAAGUGCAUCAACCGCAACAACGAUGGCAAUAAUAACAACAGCUGGUGUCACGUCGAUGUCAUCUGCACAUGCAGAUGCGAGCUCCAUUGUUACUACAAUCACAUCACAAAUGCUGGUUACAACACAAUCGUCAACUUCCGGAUUGGUCCGUGACACAAGUAUGAGUACAGCUCCAUCAAUACUCCCAAGUACACAUCAAGUAACUACGAAUCCCACAACAAGCACUACACCUGUGUCAACAUUCUCGACUGGAUUCACAAGUCAAUCAACUAUCCAGGUAGACACAUCUUCUAAAACAUAUACCAGUGUACUGUCAUCAAUAUCAUCCACACUUACAACUCAAACUAUUCAAAGCACAAUAGUCACCACUACUAAUGUGAUGCAGACUUCCUCUGUGAUAUUGACAAGCUUGUCAUCUCACUACACUGGUGUAUCACAAGAUACUAGCACUGCUAUUUCUUCAAUUUUAUACACAUCCGGCCCCACUGUACCAAGCACUAGUUCGUCACUAGCGCACAUCGGUACAUCCUCACAUACAGACACAAGUCAAAUGCUUUCUAGUGCACCCCCAAGCACGACUACGUUAACUACCGUGACUCAGUCAGCAACAGCAACUUCAUUAUCAUUGCACACCGACACAACUCAACCACACACAAGUGCCUCACUAAACACUGUUUCUACAAUGUUUAGCUCCCCCACAACAUCGACCAAUUUAUCGACGUUACACACAGAUACAUCAAUGGCAUCGCAGUCUGCUAUGUCGUCGUCGUCAUCAUCUCCGCAUACUGACACGAGUCAAACAGCUAGUAGCAGUGCCAUAACAAGCACCAUCAUUACGAUAACAGCAUCGCCAACACAUCUUUCGUCUUCAUCGCUACACACGGAUCUUAGUUCAGUCAGUAGUAGUAUAAUGACGAGUAUUCUACCAACAAUUACGUCAACAUCGCCUACUUCAUUUUCAAGUGGCUCAUCCCUGCAUACAGACACAAGCCAAACUGCUAGUGUCAGUACCAUGACAAGUACCGUUAUUACGAUAACAGCAUCGACAACACAUCUCUCGUCUGUAUCACCACAUGCGGAUCUUAGUUCUGUCUCCGGUGGUACAGUAACAAGUACUAUGGCGAUAAUUACAUCACUGUCACCUACUUCAUUCUCAAGUGGCUCAUCCCUGCAUACAGACACGAGUCAAACUGCUAGUAUCAGCGCCAUGACAAGUACCGUUAUUACGAUAACAGCAUCGACAACGCACCUUUCGUCUUCAUCGCUACACAUGGAUCUUAGUUCAGUCGGUAGUAGUACAAUGACGAGUAUUCUAUCAACAAUUACGUCAACGUCACCUACUUCAUUCUCAAGUGGCUCAUCCCUGCAUACAGACACAAGCCACACUGCUAGUAGCAGUGCCAUAACAAGCACCGUUAUUACGAUAACAGCAUCGUCAACACAUUUUUCGUCUUCAUCGCUACACACGGAUCUUAGUUCAGUCGGUAGUAGUACAAUGACGAGUAUUCUAUCAACAAUUACGUCAACGUCACCUACUUUAUUCUCAAGUGGCUCAUCCCUGCAUACAGACACGAGCCAAACUGCUAGUAGCAGUGCCAUAACAAGUACCGUUAUUACGGUAACAGCAUCGACAACGCACCUUUCGUCUUCAUCGCUACACACGGAUCUUAGUUCAGUCGGUAGUAGUACAAUGACGAGUAUUCUAUCAACGAUUACGUCAACGUCAUCUACUUCAUUCUCAAGUGGCUCAUCCCUGCAUACAGACACAAGCCACACUGCUAGUAGCAGUGCCAUAACAAGUACCGUUAUUACGAUAACAGCAUCGACAACGCAUCUCUCGUCUUUAUCGCUACAUACGGAUCUUAGUUCUGUCUCCGGUGGUACAGUAACAAGUACUAUGACAAUAAUCACAUCACUGUCACCUACUUCAUUUUCAACUGGUAUAUCCUUGCACACAGAUACAAGUCAAACUAUCACGAGUACUAAUGCCAUGACAAAUACAGCUACUACGAUCACAGCAUCUGCAACUCAUCUCUCGUCUGCAUCAUUACAUACGGAUUUCAGUUCAGUCAGUAGCAGUUCAAUGGCAAAUACUGUGACAUUUACAUCGACACCGUCCAUUUCACUCUCAAGUAGUAGAUCUCUGUAUACGGAUACGAGUCAAAGUCUGGGUAGCUCACCAACAUCGCACACUGCUACUUCAUCAAUGCAAACUAGUGGUGCAUCAUCUUUAUCUCCAGGAACGUAUACUAGUCAAACACUUACUAGUACAGCUGCUGCAUUACACACUGAUACAUCGUCUGCAGUUACAAGCCAAACGGUUAGUAGUUCAACACUAUCUACCAUGUGGUCGAGUCCUUCUUCUGCCUACACAAGCAUGUCACACCAAACAAGCACUGGUAUUUCGUCAUCGUUGCAUACCGACACAAGUCAAAUGGCAGUAACAUCAACCAUAAAUACGCAGACCAUAACUUUUACUUCGUCUUCUGUUAUCAGCAGUCAAGGAUCUACAUAUACAGCAACUGCGGCUAGUUUUAGUUCAACAUCAAUUCAUACUGAUUCAAGUCAGAUUACUAGCUCUUCAUCAAUUAUUCUUUCAACGCUGACAAGCUCAAGAUCAGACAGUACCUCAAGUUUGCUAUUAGCAUACACUAGUUAUUCUUCAACAGCGUCAUCGAUGACGGCAACUUCCACUGCUUUUAGUAGCACACAAUCAUCGUUGAUGAGCUCAGCUACUACAUUUACACACACUUCUGCAGCACCAUCUACGUCAGUGUAUACACAUACAUCAACUGUUGUGAGUUCUUCAGUAACAUCUUCGAGUAUACUACUGACUUCUUCUACUGGUACAUCAAGUAUUAUUAUGCAAACAACAGUUACCAGUGCUUCUUCCCCGUCUCCACAUACAGAUACUACUUCUCAAACAACAGUAACAAUAGGAAAUUCGGCCAGUGCUAUCACUACUGUCUCUUCUAUUGUCAGCUCGCCCAGUUCUGUCGCAACGUCUACUGUUAGUACCAGUCAACACACAGCUUUUACAAGUGCGGCUACGUCCGUGACAGCAUCAGUAUCUCAAACAACCGGACAAACGUCUACUAGUACUAGCACGACUACGACAACAGCGACUUCGCAGUCAAAUAUUAUUGCUACAGUAAUCAGAGUUUUCGGAACAAAACCGCUUAAUACAUCGGAUUCAAACCAGAUAGCUAGUCUCAAGAGUGGCUUAGCUGCUGUUAUCACAUUGGGUUUCCAGUGUUUAGCUAAUCCAUCAUAUUCGCAGUGUUCAUCUUCGUCACGACGUAGACGUCAAACAACUUCUACUUACACUGUAGACAUUAUCGGAAAUAUAACGCAGAUUUCAAAUUCUAAUAAUCCGCAACUGUAUAUGAUCAAUUAUACCGUCACUGAAACAAACGGUAGUGGCAGUGCACAACUAGCUACAGAUAAAGUGUACGUUGCUACACAAACUGUGCCACGAGAUCAAAUAGCGUCUUUGCUUGGUUUCGCAGUUGAUGGUGAUUUCGUCAGUAAUGGUAAGGCAGCCACUGCGCCGUCCACCACUGAUUCUAAACUAUGGAUUAUUGGCGCUGUUCUGGGACCACUUUUUUUCGUCCUAUUACUCAUUGGUUCAGGAUGUUUCUUCUAUUACAAAUGUCGACCAAGACCGUAUAACAACAGCAGUGCUCAAGCUGUUUACAAUGCUCCACAAGCUCCUAAUCCAACACAAAAUUAUCAACGGAUUUUGAAUGAGCCACGAAAAGAUCAGCCGACACCUACGACUAAUAUUCGGCAAUUACCACAAAACGAUCUUCUCGUUGGACGUUCCACUACGCCACCGCGUCGUUUGCCACCCGUAGAAUUACAAAACACUGCUAAUGAUCGUGCUCCACAAUCUCCAGUAGUUGAGAUACCCAUGCAAGAAAUACGUCGUCAAAAUGAUGUCGACCGAUGGCGAAAUAAACUUCGCUUACAAGAAAAAUUUGAAGAACGUUAUUCGGAUCCACUAGCAGACCUUGAUCGAGCGCGUCGUUCAUCAGUAUCAAACAGAGCGUUAGUACCUAUUGCUAAUCAAGCAAUAGCAUAUCAAUCUGAUCCUACGAAUGUCUAUGUUCGAUCAAAUAACAAUUUAAACAUGCAUGAUCCACCUCGGACAGUACGUCGUACACCGCACACAGCAGAAAUAGAAGCUGGACGAAACCAGUUACAUCGUUUAUUGGAUGAAGUUUUGGAUAAAGUCGAACCUGCUGACGUCUAUGAUCCUGAUUCAAACACAGAACGACGACGGCAACGUCGUCAACAGCGCAGCAUUCAUAGUGGCAUAUACAAUCCGAGAAAUCCUCCUUCGAUCAAUGGUAAUUAUCAACCGCAGCACAUGCCGAUUGUGCCGCAAGUACUAGAACGUCCGAAUUCAACACUUCUCAGCUUUCAUCAUAAUCCCUACGAAGCAGGUGAUCGUGCAUAUGAAAUCGAACGUUAUGCACCUGUAGAAUUAAAACCUAAAUAUGCGUCGGAUGACGUCAGCAUUCGACAGCGUUACUCCCAAUCGUCUCCUUACUCGAAUCCCUCAUUAUACAAAAAUGAUUCUGUAUCAAGAAAUCGCCCUAUAACUGCAGCUGAUGUCUACCAUCGUCCUCACGGACAACGACAACAUCGAUUCCAUGAAAACGAAGUGUAUGUUGACACAAUAUCUAACCCACGCGACGAUCCUCGCACUCCGAUACAAAAUGCAUGGGUGCACGAAGACGUUCCUGAUCGGCCAAUGUUUCAGUUAAAUCCAUCCGAUGUCAAUAACGAUUCCUCGAAACACAAUGAUUUUCACGAUGAAUACAUCAUCGCUAAGCAAAGUGUUGUCAAUACGAAAAAUUUAAUAUCAUCCAUACAAGACGAGCUACAACAUAUCGUGGCUGAACCACCGUCAGACAGCUAUCAUGCAUAG